CGCGCACUUUUCCGCAUGUAUUUUCUGCACCAGCGAAGAUUCAGGUUUUGGUAGUAAAAAUUCGACACAGCGUCCGUGAUUUCUACCAUAUUGCUAGUAUGAUGUGAAUCUUCGGCCGUUUCGGUUGCACGUCUUAAUCUAGGCAACGGUACGGAAAAUCCGUUAAAGAGAAAGAGCUAUUGUGAUUUCACAACCUACCGAGGAAGUGAGAACGUGCGUGAAGAUUUUAACCCGCUUUCACACGCUGCUGUUUUACUACUCUGUUUCCUAGACUGUUUCUUUUUUUUACAUUGCCUCACUAACUGAUGAGGUGGUGCUUCUUAAAUUGGAUGGAAAUGAACCAUCUGUUGAUCUCGGGACCGCGAGUGAAAUGCAUGCGAAGCGAUGAAAAUUAAUAGCAAUAUUAAUAUACCAUAUAGUGAUGGAGAUUAGUGAGGAAAUCAUUGCCAUCCCGGAAAAUUUACAGCUUUAGAGGAUGUGAUUUCAGAUUAAAGUUUUGUGGCUUAUUCCAACUUAUUGCUAAGAAGAGGCAGAACGGAAAAAUAUAAAAUGACAUUGUCAGUGGAAUACAAUAUGGAGAAUAGCGACCUAUUGGAGCACUUUAGAAAGAUUGAUGUGAAAGUCGUUGAUAACGAGAAUGAAGCAUUUACCGUUAGGAUGAUGAAGUUUUGGAAAAGGCUGAAAGUUAAAAAUGCUCUUUCGCACGUUGGACUGCUGUUUACAUUAGCGAUUUAUUGUGGAGUGGGAGGCGUAAUUUUCAGAGAACUGGAGCUACCAGCGGAAGUCGCCAGAACGAGAGGAUUGAGAAAAUCUGUCAUUGAACUUCGAGAAGAGUUUAUUUAUUCUGUUGUGAACAACACCGAUGUACGAAACCUCGAAACAUUACUUUCACUAGAGUUACAAAAAUACGAAAAGAUUGUACAAGACGCCGCCCAAGGUGGAAUAUCAAUAAAUGUGGAAUCCAAUUUUCCUGUGGCAUCAGAAAAAUGGAGCAUAUUACAAGCUGUGUUUUUCGCAUCCACUGUUCUUACUACAAUUGGUUAUGGAAACAUCGUGCCAGUUACGCUUUGGGGACGGAUCUUCUGUAUACUUUAUGCACUAAUCGGUAUACCGCUAACGUUGACUGUGAUUGCUGACUGGGGGCGUCUUUUUGCAACAGCUGUAUCCACCGUGGGACAUCACUGGAAAACGAUACUUCCUUUCGCAAGAUUUUGUCCAGACAUCGGAAUCAAAAUGUCUGAUAAAAAAUGGUUGUAUGCUGUCGGUGCUGUUGGUUUUCUGGGAGUGUAUCUGGCAGCUGGAACUGGACUUUUGCUCCUAUGGGAAGAUGAUUGGAAUUUUUUCGAUGGGUACUAUUUCUGUUUCAUCACCAUGACUACCAUAGGAUUUGGCGAUUUAGUACCCAGCAAACCUAAUUACAUGUUACUAUGUACAUUAUAUAUUCUGGUUGGACUUGCUCUAACUUCAACAAUUAUUGAACUUGUUCGGCGACAGUAUGCUCAAAGUUGGCAGAAACUGCAGGCUCUUUCCGGACCACUUGCGGAUACUUUGCGUCGUUUAGGAGAGUCGGCAGGCACAGGAAUAGAUGUAACAGCACUGCAAAACGAUCUGAGGCGUGUGCUAACUGUGGUAUCGAUGCCACGGCGGCAUGGGAGCAAAAAGAAUGAUCCCAGUCAAAUGGCAGCCCUAGAAGCCAUAACGAAUGCCAUUUUGCAGGACAUAAAGGAAAAGCAAGAAAGCAAAGAUCCACCCAAAGUGGUUCAGAUUGUAAUCUACGAAUCAUCAGUUUAAAAACUAAGGAGAACAUUUGCUUCUCAUGAACGAGUUAUUGAUCAUUCUUUCUAAAACACUUAAAACUCAACUCAAAAUAUAUUAUUGAAAACACACAUUUGGUAUUAGAUGUAAAAAUCUGAACAUCGUUGAUUACGAUUAUUCAGAGCUCAUAUAGCAUUUAUAACUGCACUCAAACUCCGCCAUUAGUACUUAAAUAAUAAAACAUCUCCAAAGAUCCCAUUCCGAAAUCGCUUUAAGGAACUGUAAGAUUCUGUUCUAAUAAUUGACUAAUGGCUGGGUGUGGUGUAUGUAUAGUGUCGGACAAAGCACCACCUCAUACAAAAUGCAAAUUAUAUCGUUUUCUGCUUUAUAUUUCAUUGAAUAUCGAAUUUUUUAUGCGAAUCAAUUUAUUUUUAUUGCUUUUUAUGAGUAGCACGAGAAUAGAACAUAUUCACCGUCCUAACAUUAAAUUUAAAGCAAUUAUAUUUAAACGUCGAAAAAUUUACGACAAAACAGGACCAUUAAAACUGCAGUACUAUAAAAGAUUAAAAAU